AUGGGGGCUCCCUGGCGCUUGUCAGUCGGGGUCUGCGUGUCGCGCCUGCGGCGCCUGGAGCCGGGGCCCUCCGGGGGCGCUCGCCACGCUCGGCUCCGCUGGCUUCUGCUGGGCGCCCUGCCCAGGCUCAUCUCCGCGGACCGGGACGGCGGCGGCGGCGGCUCGUGCCAGCCGCGGGCAUGCGGGAGCGGCCCGGCCGGCCGUGCGCCCGGGGCCACGGUCCCCGACCCGGGGCGCGGCGGCGGCGGCGGCCUCCUGCGCGCCCGGGUCUGGCUGCGCGCCUGCGCCCUGCUGGUGAAAUUCCUCCCCCUGCUCCUCCUGUACCCGCUCACCUACCUGGCUCCCCGGGUCUCCACCCUCUGGCUGCACCUGCUUCUGAGAGCCACGGAGACCUCGGGCCCCACCUACAUCAAGCUGGGCCAGUGGGCCAGCACGCGGCGCGACCUCUUCUCCGAGGCGUUCUGCGCCCGCUUCUCCAAGCUGCACGUGCAGGUGCCGCCCCACGCCUGGGCGCACACGCAGCGCGCCCUCCAGCAGGCCUUCGGGGAGCGCUGGGACAGCGCCCUGGUGUUCGAGAACCGGGAGCCCGUGGGUUCUGGGUGCGUGGCCCAGGUGUACAAGGCGCAUGCGCGCACUGCCCUGCUGCGGGAGCGCAGCGUCCAGGGCCUCGGGGCGCUGGGGGCCCUGAGGCAGCUCCUUCCUGCAGGGGACCUCGCCGACCAGUCAGUUCUAGAAAGGCUGCUUCUGCCCGAAGCUGGCCUGGUCCGGUCCGGUGCGGGCAGGGCUCAGGCUCCCGCCGCCGGCCGUCAGCCCGAGCAGGACCACCUCAUCCCUGUGGCCGUGAAAGUGCUGCACCCUGGCCUGCUCUCAGAGGUGCGUAUGGACUUGCUGCUGAUGAAGAUGGGCAGCCGGGCCCUGGGCCUUCUGCCAGGAGUCAGGUGGCUGAGCUUGCCUGAGGUUGUGGAAGAAUUCGAGAAGCUCAUGGUCCAACAGAUCGAUCUGCGUUACGAAGCUCAGAACCUGGAGCACUUCCAGCGCAACUUCCGGAACGUGACGUCGGUCAAGUUCCCCACCCCCCUGCGCCCGUUUGUCACCAGCGAUGUCUUGGUGGAAACUUACGAAGAGAGCGUGCCCGUGUCCAGUUACCAGCAGGCGGGCGUUCCUGCUGACCUGAAGAGGAGGAUUGCACGGCUGGGGAUCAGCAUGCUUCUCAAGAUGAUAUUUGUGGACAACUUUGUGCACGCGGACCUUCACCCUGGGAACAUCCUGGUGCAGGGAGCCCACAGUCGCCCCACGAGCUGGGAGGCACAGCUACAGACGGUGGACAUUUGCGACACGCUGGUGGUGGCCGCGACGCCCACCCCGCCCCCACUGCGCCUGGUGCUGCUGGACGCAGGCAUCGUGGCCGAGCUGCACCCCGCCGACCUGCAGAACUUCCGGGCAGUGUUCACGGCCGUGGCCCUGGGGCAGGGCCACAGAGUGGCUGAGCUCAUCCUGCGUCACGCCCGGGCCAGCGAGUGUGCGGACGUAGAGGGCUUCAAGGCUGAGAUGGCCACGCUGGUGGCCCAGGCCAGGAAGAACACCAUCACGCUGGAAAAGCUUCACGUUUCCAGCCUUCUGUCCAGUGUCUUCAAGCUGCUCAUGACUCACAAGGUGAAGCUUGAGAGCAACUUCGCCUCGAUUGUGUUUGCCAUCAUGGUGUUGGAGGGGCUCGGCCGCUCGCUGGACCCCAAGCUGGACAUCCUGGAGGCGGCAAAGCCCUUCCUUCUUAGAGGGCCAGUGUCUCCCCCUGACGGUGGCAGGGGCGUGCCGUGAGCUCCAUCGGGGAGCUGAGGGCUGUUCCCAGGGGCCUCUCUGGCUGCUGGAACGUUUAGGUUUGGGGCACGGGGAGGGCACAGCAGGCGUAAUUUGAUUUCGGGGUCUGUUUGGAAAGCUGGGGGUUAGCUGGGGAGAACAAGGCGGGAAGGGCCCCGUCAUUCAGUGUGCAGGUGGGCCCGGUGCCAGGGACACUCUCUUCAUGGAAAGCACUCUCUGGAGAGAGGAAUACAUUCAUGUCCUCCCGUUUUCCCUUCGUCUCCACUCCCUAGUCACUGUUGGAAGUGCUCGAUUCUCAUUUUUAGUCAUAAAAUCCUGUAGAGCUGUGGUUUGAGGAUUUCCCCUUAUUGGUAAAAGGUUGACAGCACACAGACGUGCACACACGGUGCUACCACUACUAGCAAAUCUCUCAAGGGAAAACAUACUCGUAAAGAAAAUCUCAUGUACUUCAAAUUGUCUUGUUGAUAGUUUAAUAUCUUGAUGACUUCUUGCUAAAGCUUGUUACAAAGUAAAACAAUGAUUUUUGAAAAUAUUUAUUUGAGGCUGGCGUUUCUACUUGAGAUGCCAGUAUUUCAUAUGGGUGCCAAUUUGGGUCCUGGCUGCUCCACUUCCUAUCCAGCUCCCUGCUGAUGGCCUGAGAGGGCAGCAGAAUGUGGGAGGCCCAGAGGAAGCGCCUGGCUCUUGGCUUCAGCCUGGCUAAGCCCUGGCUGUUGUGGCCAUCUGGGGAGUGAACCAGUGCAUGGAAGUCCUCUCUGUCUCCCCGUCUCUGUAUGUCACUCUGCCUUUCAAAUACAUACAAUAAAACUUAAAAAAACCAAAGAUUUAUUUAUUUAUUUGAAAGGCAGAGUGACACACAGAGGGAGACA